AUGGCUACCACUUUAAAACCAGAAACUUUAAUUAAAAAGAACAAAACUGACGAAAAAAUCUUAAAGCAAAGAGCUGCUGAUAAAGCCGCCAGAAAAGUUGCUUCUAAAGAAAAAAGAGCUACUAUCUACAAAAGAAACGCUGCUUACACCAAAGAAUACGCUGAAGCUGAAAAAGCUAUCAUUGCUGCUAAAAGAGAUGCUAAAGCUAACGGUUCUUACUACGUUGAUGCUCAACCAAAAUUAGCUUUCGUUAUCAGAAUCAAGGGUAUUAUGAAAAUUCCACCAAAACCAAGAAAAGUCUUACAAUUAUUAAGAUUAACCCAAAUCAAUGCCGGUGUUUUCGUUAAAAUUACCAAAGCUACCUCUGAAUUAUUAAAAUUAGUUGAACCAUACGUUGCUUACGGUUACCCAUCAUUAGCUACUAUCAGACAAUUAGUUUACAAAAGAGGUUUCGGUAAAGUUAACAAACAAAGAGUUGCUUUAUCCGAUAACGCUAUCAUUGAAGCUUCUUUAGGUAAAUACGGUAUCUUAUCCAUUGAAGAUUUAAUCCACGAAAUUGUUACCGUUGGUCCAAACUUCAAACAAGCUAACAACUUCUUAUGGCCAUUCAAAUUAUCUAACCCAACUGGUGGUUUCAGAGCUAGAAAAUUCUUCCACUUUAUCCAAGGUGGUGAUACCGGUAACAGAGAAGAAUUCAUUAACGCUUUAGUUAAACAAAUGAACUAG